AUGCUGCCAGAUGAAUCAUUCUUACAAAAUUAUUUUUCCAUUUUAAGGGUUGCCAUUAUUUCUGUUGUUGUCUACAUUGUUCUGGGAAAGAAGAAAAAGGAAAAUUUAAAAGAUACUGAAAAGAAAUUGGAUAAAAAUAAUCAAAAAAAUAAAAUAAAGGAAGGAAGAGGGAAAUAUUUAAAUAUUAAAUCUGAAAGAGACGAAGGUAAAAUUGUUGUGAAGAAGGAUGAUGAUAAGAAGGAGAAAGAGAAGAAGGAGGAAAAGGAUGAGAAUAAAGAGAAGAAGAAGGAAAACAAAAAAGAAGAUUUGAAAGAAAAGAAAAAGAAGAAAGGUCAUUUUGAUGAAGUUAUUGUUCCAAAUACUUAUGAAUCUAAUGAGACAAUUGAACCAAUGAAUAAAACAAAAGGAGAUAUUUAUGAGACAGAUAAGAUGGAAAAGAUGCUUCUGAAACAUGAUAGUGAAAAAUCUGACGAUGAUAGUGACUAG